AGCAUGCCCUGGAAAGCAGCAACUCCACUGUCGCAUGUGCGAGUUUCCACAUAGUAGGCGGUGGGAUAUGACGUGCAGUGUUCGUCGCGUACAUUCAAGGUCACCUUCGCGGGCGGCAGAUUGGAAGAGGAAAAAAGAUGAUUAGAGGAAAUGGGGCUUACGGAGUUCCUCGUCGUUGGACUAUGCUUGAAUUCCACGUCGUGCGAGAAUGAUAUAGUAACAUCCCCAUACAUGAGCCAAGGAAAUAUCACAGAGCAAAGUGUUCAGGUUUUAGGGACUCCAAGUAUGGACUUCAGACGAUCUCGAUUAUUGAAAUUGACAGAGGAGAUUAAAGCAGAAUCCUUUAGAAUCGCUACUUUUCAGAAUAACUAUCUCAACGGAUAUGUAAAAGAAAAUGGAAGUAUCAAAGGUACAGGGAUAGCUUUUGACAUUAUCAAAAUUUUGCAGCAAAAACUGAAAUUUAACUAUACUAUUGUGGUACCAGAGGAUGAAGUAUUUCUCACUGAGAAUAAGAAGGAAAAAGGAGCGAAAGUGCUACUCGACACCCAGCAAGCAGAUAUAAUAGCAGGCUUCCUACCGAUGAUAACCACCAAGAAAGACAACGUAAGCUACUCCCGCAGCCUGGACACAGCCGAUUGGUCGAUCCUUCUGCUUCGCCCAAAGGAGUCCGCGCAGGGCAGCGGCCUAUUGGCCCCUUUCGAUGGCCCCGUUUGGGCGCUGAUUGUCGUCUCGGUGCUGGCCGUUGGGCCCAUCAUACAUAUCCUUAUAGCUGUCGGUUGGAGAUUUGCUAUUUCUCACGAGGAAGGUGAUAACAGCAAGCAGUACAGUUUGGAAAGGUGCAUGUGGUUCGUAUAUGGAGCGUUGCUCAAGCAAGGAUCGACAUUGAACCCCAAAACAGAUUCCGCGCGAUUGUUAUUUGCGACAUGGUGGUUGUUCAUCCUGAUCCUGACUGCGUUUUACACAGCGAAUCUCACAGCCUUCUUGACCCUCUCCAAGUUCACUUUGCCCAUAAACAGCGCGUCCGAUCUCGGAAGGAAAAGAAUACCGUGGGUCACCAAUAAGGCCAACGGAAUCCGGGACGUAAUCACCUCUGAAGCACGGGCUGACAUAAAACAAAGAGAUAAACUGAUUACCGAAAUCGGGCGCUAUCGAGAAUGUCCCAGUCAGGACGACCAGAGUAUAGUGGAAGAUUACGUCAGCAGGAAGAGUAUGAUGUUCGUACGGGAAAAGUCAGUCUUGUAUCACGUUAUGUACGACGAUUAUAAACAAAAGGUGAAAAAAGGUAUCGAGGAAUCGAAGAGAUGCACCUUUGUAGUGGCGAAGUUCUCAGUGUUCAAGUUUCCCAGAGCUUUCGCGUACAGCGCCAAUUUCAAGUAUAAAGAGUUGUUCGAUUCUACGAUACAACAUUUGGUGGAGUCUGGUAUAAUAGGAUACAAGCUAGAUGAAAAUUUACCUGAAGCUGAAAUAUGUCCUCUAAAUUUGGGCAAUACGGAAAGAAAACUACGAAACACAGAUCUAUUAUUGACAUACCUCAUUGUAGGAGGAGGCUUAGCCAUAGCGUGUGCGGUAUUUUUGGUUGAGAUGACAAUGAGAUUGUACGAAAAUACAAAAAGAAAGAAACGCCACAGAAGACCAAGGGAUGACAGACCACAGCCGAUCUUCUACAAAAACGGAGAUCGAAAUUUCCCGCUUAUCACUCCACCACCAUCGUACCAAUCAUUGUUCAGACCGCCUUUCGCUUACAACGCAAACGAAGGAAAAAGAAGGCACAUCAACGGGAGAGAGUACUGGGUACUCAACGCAAAGAAUGGUGCCACAAGUCAGUUGGUACCAUUGCGCACACCUUCUGCUCUGCUGUUUCAGUACAGCAAUUGAAAUAACGUACCUGCUUGGUAUACAUUUACGUUCAUCAAUUUUAUCUUGCACGUGAUACAUACGAUUUGUUUCAGCAAAAUGUCCAAGAUAUAUUUCUUUUUCGAAACAUCUGCAGGGGCAUUACGUAUAUAUGAAAAGUGACAUUAUCGAUUUUUUGAUAUUCAAAUUCAACUUCUUGAUUGUGGUGACAUCACAAGCGUUUGGCUUAGGUCUCCAGCGGUGAAUUUUCCGUUUUUGAUAAAUUUCCGAACAACGAAACAUUUAUUUUUCGGGUUUUUUUUCGCAAUAACCCUGCCGAUGACACCACCGGGCUAUUACGUAAAAAACAGGUAGAUAUAAUGUCAAAAAACCUACAUAAUCUCAAAAAACCGAAAUAAUGUCCCUUUUCAAGGUACGCAGUACUCCUAAAGCUUUCAAUGCAAAGUAGACACAUUUUUUAAGUAGUUUGUAAGAAUUCCUCAAGUUCGGUCCAACAUCUGACUUUCAUUCCCUAAUCUUGUAACCAAUAGCAUCAAUUUACUGUUACUACUACUAUUUGAAAUAUUUCUAAAUGUUAGCACUAUAGCUUUGAUAUAUUUUUGUGUACGUUUUCAUUGAAUAAAUGUUGUAAGUACAAACUAGC